AUGGCUGCUCUCUCACUCGGCCAUUUAUGCCACCACAAACACAAGCCACUUCUAGUCAACACCACCACAAAAAUGAUCACCGCCGUCUCGUGCCAGAGUCGCAAGUCAGACGACGAGAAAACGGACAAGGGAGCUAAGGAAGACAACGGCAUGAAGUUGCAGAAACUUUUGUUUGGUGUUGAGCAAAUUGGAAAGGGGCUGCAAGAUAAUCUAAGUCCCAAAAUGAAGGGGGAUUGGAAGGAUCUAACUCUGAUGAGCCUAUCGUUUGCGGUGUAUAUCUAUAUGUCUCAGAAGAUUGUGUGUGCUUACUGUGCAUGGAUGUCUAUGGCUGGACAAACUUGGUGA